GGCGGCGGGAGGCGAGCGAGCCCCGGGGAGACGGGUUGGGGGAGGCAGCGCGGCCCGUGUGAAGAGAGCCCCCCCUCAGGGCCGCCGCCGAGUCCGCGGCGCCGGGGGCAACUAUGUGUAAAUCAUUCGGGAAAUGGUACAGUGUUGUGUGGCCAUAUGGAGAGAAAGGACUUUAACGCAUGGCUCGAAUCGCUCUCCGGCACGUUUGUCUCCCUGACAGAUUCGCAGAAGAAUGAGAGCCUCGACCACCUGAUCAGCUUGAGUGGGGCCGUUCAGCUCAGACACCUCUCCAACAAUCUGGAGACCCUUCUGAAGCGCGACUUCCUCAAACUGCUCCCACUGGAGCUGGGCUUCUACCUGUUGAAAUGGCUCGACCCACCCACGUUACUCACCUGCUGCCUGGUUUGCAAGCAAUGGAAUAAAGUGAUAAGUGCCUGUACUGAGGUGUGGCAAGAGGCCUGUCGGAGCCUGGGGUGGCAGAUUGACGAAUCCAUUCAGGAUACUCAGCACUGGAAGAAGAUUUACCUCAAGGCCGUUCGGAGGGUAAAACAACUGGAGGACCAAGAAGCCUUUGAGACAUCCUCUUUAAUUGGCCACAGUGCUCGAGUCUACGCUCUUUACUAUAAAGAUGGAUUGUUGUGUACAGGCUCCGAUGACCUAUCUGCCAAGCUGUGGGAUGUCUGCACCGGCCAGUGUAUAUACGGCAUCCAGACUCACACGUGCGCUGCUGUGAAGUUCGAUGCACAGAAACUUGUCACAGGAUCGUUUGAUAACACAAUAGCCUGCUGGGACUGGAGCUCGGGAGCCAAAAUUCAACACUUCCGAGGCCAUACAGGGGCAGUUUUUAGCGUGGAUUACAGUGACGAUCUGGAUAUCUUGGUGAGUGGCUCUGCAGAUUUCACUGUGAAAGUGUGGGCCUUAGCGACAGGAUUGUGUCUGAACACGCUCACUGGACAUACUGAGUGGGUGACUAAGGUGGUUCUGCAGAUGAGCCAGGUAGAGUCUGUGCUGCACAAUCCAGGGGACUAUAUUCUGUUAAGUGCUGAUAAGUAUGAAAUCAAGGUCUGGCCGAUCGGAAGAGAGGUCAACUGUAACUGUCUGAAGACCCUCUCGGUCUCGAGCGACCGCAGCAUCAGCCUCCAGCCACGGCUGCAGUUUGACGGCAAAUCAAUUGUGUGUGGGUCUGACCUGGGAUUGUAUCAAUGGGACUUUGCUAGCUACGAUAUUAUCAGGGUGAUCCGGACUCCCGAUUCCACCAACCUUUCCUUGCUGAGCCUAGGAGAUGUCUUUGCCCUGCUCUUUGACAACUGCUACCUGUACAUAAUGGACCUAAGGACAGAGAAGGUGAUUGGCCGCUGGCCUCUGCCCGCCUACAGGAAGUCCAAAAGAGGCUCCAGUUUCCUCCCGGGCGAGACGGCCUGGCUCACUGGACUGGACGGCACGAACGAUGCUGGCCUGGUAUUCGCCACGAGCAUGCCAGACCACAGCAUCCACUUGGUCUUGUGGAAGGCAAACGGAUGAAGGAAAAGCCGGGGAAGGAAGAAGAAAGGGAGAGGAGGAGAAGCGGGGAAGUUGUCUUCGGGAGCUGGAGAAGUGCUUGUUGCUGCUCUUUGUUUAAAAGGACACAGAGGAAACAGCUCCAUGCAUGAAGAAACAUGGCAACUCGUGGCAUUGUGGUGUACAGCCCGCUCGCUUGCUCGCCCUUUUUUUUAAAAAAAAGAGAAACCAAACCAGCAUGUGGGGAAAUAUUUUUACAGCUUAAAUCCAUGUCACUUGCAAGCGGUAUUGCACCGAUAACGGGGGGAAAACAAACUAAUGGUCCGUUGAAUUCUUACACGGCUCACUCACUGUUUUAGCAAAUUCGUUUACGAGUCAAGGAUUUCGAAUGUUGUGCUUUUUGGGAGCACAGUUCGAGGAGAGAGAGAGAGAAAUUAAUGUUUGCAGUAGCCCGAACAUUCCCUCAAUGCCUUCAUUUUUUUCCACAUGUGACGAUAUAGAAUAUCUUACUUUUUUAUAUAUAUGUGUAUAUAUACAGUAUAUAUAUCUAUCUCCAUUCAGGACCUUGCCUUAAUGCUUUCAUUAGUGAUUGCUCUCAAAGAAUACAGUCGUUAGAACAUAGUAGAGACUUUAAAUUUGGCCCAUUUUAUAUUUUGGUAUAGUCGGUAUUUACAAUGAUAUUUUUAUUGAGAUUUGCCCAUGUCUGUCACACUAUGUUAAUUAUCUCCAAUAUAUUCUUUUCCGAAGGAAAUAGUUGGAAAUGCUGUAAUUUUCUCCGUGUUACUUUGCAAAAAAAAAGCGUCCAAAAAAAAGACUUCUUGUUAAGUUGGGUACAAAGGAAGUUGGAGUAGUGAAGACAUUCACUCCGCACACCAGGCUGCUGCUAGCCACUCUGUAUGUUCAGAUGUGAAGGUUCUCUCUAAUGAGGCACUGGAAUAAAAGCUACACUGAGAGAGAGGAAUGCUGCAGGGAUCUUCUUGAAUCAAUUUGUUUGGCUUCCCAUCCCCUUGGAUACUCCUGCCAGCCGAGCUCAGCAACGUUCAUUGUGGAAGCCAUUAUGCGGACACUAAAUAGCGUCUGCUAAAUAGCGUGUUCCGGCUGUAACACUCUAUGUAUAAAUAGCUGUACCAGUUACAGCUUUGCUUCCAACCAAAGGAUCCAAUAUGGAAUGUAGAAUGACACAGACAGACACACUUAUCAUUGAAAGGUUUGAUUUUCGCUUAGGCAUCUUUAUAACGAUAAAUAUAAAUGUAUAAUUUAUAAUCACUGCGACAUCCUCCCGACGUGAAAGGUGCUUUAAAAAUGUAAUUUUAUUGCCGCGGCUUGGCUUCGUCUGUGCUCUUUAUUUUGUUCCCGUCGCCGCUUGGCCACAUGCGUGCUCUGCGACGCAGGAUGCCACAGCGCCACGGUCAACCGGCGCGACCGUUGGGUGUAACUGCAGAGAAAAACGUAAAACUCAAAUAUAUUUUAGGAACGAUAAGAAAUACCCGAACAAAUAUGUCCAUGUCACUUCCAAAUGCAAGACCUUUCCGAUGAGGUAUAAAUCAUGUCUCUACAUCAAUUGGUUAUUGAGAUCCUUCUUGAAGCGCAGACAGACAGGCAUUGUCGUUUUAUUAAUAUAAGAAGAUAUAAAAAUCCUCCUGUUUGAA